AUGGCCGACUUCCACAAAGUUCAUGAGCUGGGUCUGGACGAGGAAACCACCUUCAAGAUACUGGAGAGGCUCGAGCACAUCAGUCAAUUAUACAGGACAGGAAAGCCUCUCUUCCCUCGUCGUCUGCUAGAAGACCUCAGUCGCCAGAUUGACGAAGGGAAGGAAGAAGUGUACAUUCCAGACUUCGACGACGUGCCCCAGGUUUACAGCCUUAAAGUCCCCAAUUGGUGCACAGAUUUUGCCAACACCUAUCGCAUCAACUACCAAAGUAUCCACUAUCUGGGCUGUCCCACUCCGUUCUGUCCGGAGUUCGUCCUACGCAGCGACCAUGCCCCGGUCACUAUCGGGUACAUGCGCUCCUCAGGCCCAAGUGGAAGUACAUUCGAGGCCAUUCGCGGAGCUUUCGUCAAACAGCGCCAGAUAUGGCUGGAGAGUCCUGGUCAUCGAAAUCUAGAACACCAUCUGACCACUCUCAAGACCACAGCACAUAUUCGGAAGAUAGUCUGUUUUGGUCUAGGCUCCCUCGGAAGGCUGUGCGGCUACCACUGUACGCGGGCCCAUACGCAACAUGCUGCGGUAGAGACAAUGGUGGCGUUGUUAGCCAAGAGAGGCCUGAAUGGCAGUCAUGAGAUCAAAUGUUAUGCGCAGGACCCAGUUUACGACGAGGUCGAUCAGGAGUUUCUCAGAAGCAUCGGGAUCACCCCAUUGGAAGACCCAAAAGGAUUCCUUGAAGUUGAUGAACACACGCUGGUAUUUUCCGUUAGCCCCAACGUUCCGGUCAAACAGAUCGUUACCGACCUUCACUGGCCUGCCGCAAUGAUAUGGAACACUGUGACCCCAUCAGAGAAGGAUAAAUGCUGGAUCAAGCGCACAGAGAAGAAUGGAACAGUCAAUUGGACAUGGUAA